UUACAACAAAGUUCGUUGCAAAUAUUUAGAAACAAUUAGGUGAUGGGCGAGCCGCCAGCCACGUGUGCCUUUGGCUGAAUUUUUUUUACUGCAAUUCAAUAAAUACAGUGACGCCCCAAAAUAAAUUUCUUGACGCACAGCAAGACUGUCACGCAAUAAUUUAUUUUUAGUGACGGUUCAUUCUUCAAGUAUUUGCCCGCCCCAUUUCGAACUGCAUUAGUUGGUUAAUUUGCUCUUGCAAAUGGAAAAUGUAGGUACGAGUAGUCAUUAACUAGCAGACAAUAGCACGGUGCUUGAUACAUAGAUGUAAUAAAUUGAAACGUCCUUGUCACAAUUAUCAUUUAAAAUAUAUCGCAAUGUGAAUCAGUUCAGAAUGGAACCGGCAAAGUACAGCGAACCGGGAUGUGAUAGACUUGAACUUUUGGCGGUUUCGUGCAAUGAUACCAAAGGAAAUGUUCAUUAGACGCCUGCGGGUGGCCGUGGCCGUCUUCGCCCGCACCGUAAUGCCCACAGUCCUGAAAAUCUACUACCUGUACCAAAGAAACCAACAAAUCGUGGUGGACAACGUCCGCCACCGCCUCCUUCCAACCCUAGUGGCCUUCCUAGCCAACAGCCUCUCAAACUCCCUAGCCUCAGUCCAGAAACGUAUUACUUUCCCCCUGAACCGUCGUGCCAUCAAAGACAUCCAAAAAGACCUAAACCCAGCCAUUGACGACACUACGAACACAACCCCUGAAGAAAGCGUCGACUGCCAAGUCCUCUUCUCCCCCAAAACCGAAAUCCUAGCCGACGUCAUCUUCAUCCACGGCCUCCACGGCGGCAUCGACAAGACUUGGAAGCAAGGCCAGUGGCGACACAACGGCCACAAACUCAAAGACCAGUCGCCCGUCCGGAGCCAAUCAACGGGGAAUUUAUACGUUCCACCACGAAAACAUUCUUUGAAGCGAACCCUCAGCGAUAUUUACAACGCCAAUAGGACGCAAAUUAAAGUCGCAAGGAAGGGAAAUGAGGUGUGUGUGACGCACCAAGAGGAGUGGGAAGUUAUCGAAGAUGUGGAUGUGGAUGAUGAGGGGUGUUAUUCGAAUUGUUGGCCGCAGGAUUGGCUGCCGAAGGACUGUCCAGGGGUGAGGGUCAUUGCUUUGAAUUACACCACGGAUGUGCUGUGGUGUCCAGUGUGGAAGAAAAAGAGACGAAGGACUGACAUGGUCGAAAGGAGCGACGAAAUGAUCGCCGAGCUUUGCAAAUUAGGGGUCGGCAAACAACCGAUUAUUUGGGUGGGUCACUCUAAGGGCGGUCUCUUCAUUAAACAAAUCAUAAUGAACGCAUGGGAGCGGCACAGCCAAUGCCCCGAAAAAUUCGCAAUUUUCCAAAACAGCAAAGGCAUCAUGUUCUACAGCGUGCCGCACAAAGGGUCAGUCUUAGCGGACUUCACUUUGCCGCUUCUUAGACGAAGCGUCGAACUUAUAGAAAUACAAAGGAACUGUGAUUUCGUACUAGACCUGCACAAGCGGUUUCUAGAGCUGUGCAAGCAGGGGCAUUUAGGCGCCGAUAUUUUUAGUUUUAUCGAAACUUCGUUUACUUUAAUGUCGUUCGUUUAUUUGAAGAUUGUCGCGUACGAAUCUGCAGACCCCGAUGUUGGGAUUAAAUGCGACGUGCCUCUGGACCACAGAGAAAUAUGCAAGCCCGCAGGACGGGACUGCUUCCUCUACUUGGAGCUAAUCAAGCUGAUUAAAAAACACAGUUUGGGUGGAGAAACAAUGUGAUGCUAGUUUUAGUUAGGGACUUUCAAUUCUCAGGUCUUUGUUAUCAUUCCUGUUGUCAGUAUUUGUCGGUACCAAAGUUUAGGUAGGUUUGCAAGGAGUGUACAUGGGCAACCACUUUAUUUCAAUAAAUGAUCAUUACUCAGUA